AUGUCUGAUGGUGCAAAGGGGGCUGCUGGCCCAUCUAUCCCCAUCACAGUCGAGUUCACUGGCGGCCUUGAGCUGCUCUUUGGCAAUGAGCGGAAGCAUAAAGUUUCAUUGCCUGCAUGCAUGGAAGAUGGCAACCCGACCAACAUCGCAUAUCUACUUCCAUACCUGGUCGAUAACCUAAUGCAGGACCAAAGGAAGGAGAUGUUUAUCAUGGAGGACAAUGUCCGACCUGGUAUCCUCGUUCUAAUCAAUGAUGCCGAUUGGGAACUCGAAGGCGAGGAGACAUACGAACUUCAACCAGGAGAUAACAUUGUAUUUGUCUCAACGCUACAUGGAGGCUAG